AUGUCAACAACCAAGACCCAGCAGCUUUCCCAGACAGUCACAAAGCUCAUAUUUGGCACUAAUAGCUACAGAACCUGGGUCAAUAGACUGGAGCAACGCAUCUCCAACAUCAACCCUAAGUGCUGGUCGAUCCUCGCAGGCGAUAUUGAACAUCCAGCCGAGCCCGACUACAUCUCCUUCACCGCAGAGGAGGCCUACUUCGCCAUUGCAAUGACCGAAUAUCCGAUAGUAGGAUUUGCAACUGACCCUCAAACUAUCGCCAAGAGGGUGGAACAAUUCAUCUCCACAAAUCGUGACCACAACAAGCUCCUCCUCGCACAAUACCAAACCCGACUCGGAGAAUUCGAAGAGUUAAACCGCAAGGCGCGGAUGCUACUUGAAUCGAGCCUUGGGAGGGAUCAGAUUGCCAUGAUCUCGUGCAUCUUUGGUGCACGUUCUGCAUUCCUGGUACUGGAUAGCUACAAGACGGGUGGGUUCGGAUUGAAAUAA